AUGUCUGCAGUGGAACUUCCAGAUAUACGUUUAUAUUCAAAUAAAUCAAGCACACGAUAGAGUAAGAAGAGUGAUUAUGAAAAAUAUCGAAAGUUAGCUGUGAUUAAGUCGGUUGACAAAUUAAUAAAAAAAAAUGAUCUUUAAUCAGUUUUGGGUUUUGAUGAUGAUUAUUAUCCUAAAUAAAUAGAAGAUUAGAAGAAAGUAAACGAAGCUCAUGAAGUUCAUGUCAAUCUUACAGAGCUCAAAAAAAGUUGUGAUUCAAUGAAGAUAAAUGGAAUUAGAAAAGAAAAAGAUAUAGAAAAUAUGAGAAAGGAAAUUGAUUCAAUGACAAUUUAAGUAGAUCAAUAUAAUUAAACCUAACAUAACUUGUAAACAAAGGAGAAAGAAUUAAAUCAAAAAUUAGAAGACUAGCAUAAACUUUUAAGUGAAAGUUAAUAUGAUAGAAAAAUCUUUGAACAUAUGUUAAAUAGAAUGAAGAAAGAUUAAUUGGGUUAUUAACUUAGAGCAAACUAAUAUGAAAGACACCUAUAAUUAGCUCUUUAAUAAUAUCAUAGUAGCACAUACAAAACACAAUAAAUUCAAGAAAUAUACAGCAAGACUUUGAUGGCUCUAAAAGAUGUUACUGAAGGGAUUCAGUAAUAAAAUAAGAAUAGAGAGAAGAAUUUAUAAAGAUUUAAGGAUGAUUUAAGACAGAGAUAAGAUAUAGAAUAGAAGAGAGACGAUAGAAUAAAGAGAUAAUAAGAAAUAGCUGAAGUUGCUGCAAAGGAUAUAAAAGAUAGUGCACUUAAAAAAUGGAGAAAAUUGCUUUUGGUCCACAAAUUUCUUAAUUCUUUUUUAAAAAACAAAAUGCAAAGAGGAAUUGCUUAAUAUUAGGAUUUAGAAAUGACAUUUUAAAAGAUUAAAGCCUCAACAGGUAUUACUGAUGCGAAUGAAAUUGUGUAAAAGUUCUUAGGAAGAGAAUAAACCUAUGCACAUCUUUUGAUUUCUAUAUCAGAUUAUGAAAAGAAGAUUAGUGCAUUAAAGAAUGAAAAUUAAGAUCUUUAAACAUAAUUUUCAAAUUUAAAGCAAUAAUAUACUGAUAUGGAUAAAGAAUUUUAGGUUGAAACAUACAGAUAAAAGGAAGAUUUAUUUGAAUAGGAUAAAUUAGUAUUGGAAGUAGAAGAGAAAGCCACUGUGGCAGGAUUAUUAGAGAACAAGCUUAGAAAUUGGAUGUCUCGAGGAUUGAAAAAGUUAGGGUUAUAAAAAAAUUAAGGGUUUUAAGCCAUCAUUGAUGCUGUUAGAGACAAAUUGUUAAAAUUGUCUACGAAAGACUAAGAAGAACUAUUGAAUAAAUCAAUUCUUAAUGCAGUUAGUGAUAUUAAAGAUUAGGAAUUCUUGAAAAGAAAUGUGAGAGUCAAACCAAAAAAAUAACUUACUUAAUCCCAUACUAAUCAUUCUAUGGAUUAAUCUUCUAUUAAAGAUGACGAAGAUAUGUUUGAUGAAUUACCAAUAAAAGAGGAUGAAGAAGAUGAAUUAGAGGAAGAAAGGCUUAUUGAACAAUUAAGAGAAGAAAUUAAAGUUAAAAAUCAUAAAAAAUGA